AUGCAUGGCAAAGGGGAACGGGAAGAUGGAAACCAAAGCUCCUUGGGGGAAUUAAUCCUGCUAGGGAUGUCUGAUCGGCCGCAGUUUGAGCUGCUGCUCUUUGUGCUCAUCUUAAUCUGCUACACCAUGACCUUGCUUGGAAACACCACCAUCAUCGUGGUCUCAUGGCUAGACCCCCAUCUCCACACGCCCAUGUAUUUCUUCCUCAGCAACCUCUCUUUCCUGGACCUCUGCUACACCACCAGCGUUGGUCCCCAGAUGCUGGUGAACUUCCGCAGCACCCACAAAUCCAUCUCCUGGGCCGGCUGUGUGGCCCAGCUCUACAUCUCCCUCUCGCUGGAUUGCACCAAGUGCCUCCUGCUGGCCGUCAUGGCCUACGACUGCUAUGCCGCCAGCUGCCAGCUGCUGCGCUACAUGGCCAUCAUGAGCCGCGCCUGGUUGUGCGGCUUCGGCAACUCCAUGCUGCAGACCAUCCUGACCCUGCAGCUGCCCCGGUGUGGGUGGAACCAAAUCAAGCAUUUCCUCUGCGAGUUGCCAGCCCGGCUCAAGCUGGCCUGUGUCAAUACCUCUGCCAACAAGACCGAGCUCCUCGCCAGUAUGGUUUUCUUUCUGUUGGUGCCACUUGGCCUCAUCCUGAUCUCCUACGGCUACAUCAGCACCGCCAUGCUAAUGUUCUGCUUGGCCCAGGGCAGGCUCAAGGUCUUCAACACUUGUACCUCCCAUCUAGCCGUGGUGUCACUCUUCUAUGGCACGGCCAUUUCCAUGUAUCUGCAGCCUCCAUUCAGCUACUCCCAGGACCGAGGCAAGAUGGUCUCCCUCUUCUAUACCAUGGUGACCCCCAGGAUCAACCCCCUCAUCUACACACUGAGGAACAAGGAGUUGCACAGGGUCCUGUGUAGGGUGCUGGGGAGGAUCCCGACUGCCCAGGGGACCUGA